AUGAACUCGAACGUGACGCCGUCCAACAAUAUUUGGCACGUGGACUACAAUGCGACGGUGGCCAAAGAUGCGGCCAUGGGCUGGCAGGGAAUGGGGUUCGUCCUCAGCUUUAACGGGGUCCUCUUUCUGAUCGCACUUGCGAUUUUUCAGGCACGGGCGCGCAGCACGCGCUUCAGUCUCUUUCGCUUUGGCUCGAGCUCGAUUUUGUCGCUUCAAGGGCGAGAAGCUGCUAAAUUUACGCUCCACAAGUGGAGGGAGCUGCUGUGGGGCACGCCGAUUCGGGGCACGGACGUGGAGCUUCGUCUCGGACCUGAAGGCACGUUCUACUUGCUGUAUCAGCAGUACACGGCGCGACUCCUGGGCGUCCUCAGUGUGUUUGCUAUGCUCGUGUUGCUGCCAUUGUACCUUACAAUUGGAGCGAAUGCGAUGCCCCAAGUAGAAGCAGCUGCAAAGGCUGCGGCAAAGGGCAUUGAAGCCAUUGCUGACGGCUCUCGAGCUGCUACGAGCGACUUUCGGACGACGGAUCAAGGGACGGUCGAGGCUGCUGCGAGCGCUAGUGACAGGGGCAGUACAAGUGACACCAAGUGGUGGUCGUUCGCGCAUGCGACGAUCCGAGUCAUGCCGCAAGAGUCACCGUACCUUUGGGUACCGGUUGUCACGUGUUACGUGACGACGUUGGUGUUUGUAGUUUACUAUCGAAAAUUGAGCGCGUUGGCGACGAUGCCGACCGAUUCCAGUCGAGGGAAUGGAAGUGAUAGGCGCUUAUUGCAUCGCUCGUCGUCAUCUGUCGUUUCUAAUGCAGCUAGUGUGGCUGCGGUGGACCAACCGGCUGGAGAAGAAGUCGAUCCGUCGACUAUUGCAAAAGACGAAGCUACGACGCUGGAAGAUGUCGACUCGUCGACUAAGAAGGAAGACAGGGCGGACGGAGAGAAUCGUCCUUUGCUUAUCCAGGAGAAGACUGAGGAAAAUGGAGCUGUAUUGGAAGAAGCGCAAUCGCGUCCACCGAAGCGCACACAUCUCAUUGGAAUGCAACCGUCUACACUUAGCAACAGGUCGCUCUUUGUGGACCGUGGAGUGCCGAAAAACCUUCGCGAGCAACGAAUGUUGCGUCUGCUCAACGAGGUGUUUCCUGGUUACGUCGAAGACGUGAGCGUUGUGUUUAAUCUGGCCGAGUUCCACAAACUGCAAGCUCGUCGACGUAAUGAAGAAGUACAGCUGGCACGGAUGAAGAUUCUGCACGAGCGUGAGCUUACUGGCAAGAAGCCGUCGUGGUCGCUCCGUUUGUUGCCGGGUGGUAUGAUGAUCCCGUCGUUACGCUUGAUGUUGGCGAACUUGUUUUGUUGUCUCAAGUGGUGCUUAAAACCUGUUCCUAUGGAGGAGCAGGAGGCACGACUUGCAUGCCACAUUGAGAAGCUCCGAGAGGACGAGAUGACGUGCUUGUCUCGCAUUUUGCAUGAGAACAAGGGCGCUGGGCGUGCGUUUGUGAUAUUCAAGUCCGCGAGACUCCGAGCCCGUUUUGUUCGCCGGGCGCGUAACCAGAGUAUCACGUCCAUCCUUGCUCGCUUUCCAGAGCAUGCGCAGCCGCGACUUGUGCGGUACGUUCGUGAGCUGGGACUUACGCGCUGGCAGCUGGGGGCAGCCCCUGAGCCUGAUGACAUUGACUGGCAGAGUGUGUCGUUCCCUUUCGCGAAGCGCACGGUGGUGGUGUUGUUGGUGAAUGUGUGCAUUCUCGUGGUACUACUGCUAUUCACAUCUCCUAUUGCCGUAACAUCGGCCAUCUCCAGCAGCUCAUCGUACUCCACCAACGCGGCUCAAUCGCUGUCAGACUUUGUAGCACAGCUCGGUGAGUUGCUCAAGCGAAUAUCUCCGUCGAUGGCCAAGUUGCUGGCAAGCUACAUCCCCACGCUUAUCCUGGUGAUGAUCAACGCAGUACUGCUGAAUGUGCUGCAGAUGGCUGGGCGAAUCCAGCCCAUCUCGACGGACUCGGCCAAGGAACGGUUGAUUUUGCGCACGGCCUCCGUGUACCUGAUUUUCAACACCAUCUUUGUACCAAGUCUGGCGUUCAUGUCGAUCGAUGCCGUAAUCUUGUACUUGGAGGACGACGGCGAGGUGCUGGGUAUGCUUGGUACGCUUUUCUUGCACAACUCCGGCAUCUUCUACGUGGACUAUAUCCUCCAGCGCUGUUUCUUGGGUACAGCUCUUGUUCUGCUGCGUGCUACAGAGUACGUGAAAUUCUCGUGGGCAAAGCCGCGUGCAUUGACGCCGCGGGAGCAAGUGCAGGCUGUAGAAGCGGACCAAUUUUACACGGGCACGCAGUCGGCCGUGCAGAUCAGUACGCUGACUGUAGUGCUCAUGUUCAGCACUGUUGUGCCACUUAUUCUUCCUCUGGGCACGCUGUACUUUGCGAUGCAGCAUAGCGUGGACAAGUAUUCGCUGUUGAAUGUGCGGCGUCGCAUCAAGGGACGCGGUAGCAUCGCUCGCACGGCGACCCAUGCUACGUGUGUAAGUCUGCUUUUGUACCUCGGUGCUAUGAGUGGAUUCAUUCUUGAACGGGGCACAACGACACAAAGCGCUGCGGUGCUCGUGUUACUCAUGGGUACAUACAUUGUCGCGCUGUGGGGAUACGUGCGCGACAAGGAGCAGCAGCGCCACAUGAUUGUACGCAGCGACUUCACGUGCCUGGAAAAAAGCAGCACUAGUGUACAAGGUGCUAGUACAACAACCAAGUCGAGCGAGUUCCCGCUGCACGUGCUGCACUCGAGCCUCCAGCCGGUAGACGAAAAUGGUGCUCGAGAACCGUGUGAGUCUGAGGAACCUCCUGCGGGUGAUGAAGAAGCUCGAGCUGGACCGCCACGACCAUUAGAACCAGUGAAUGAGCUGUCGCCGCUCUUGGUCUUCCCGUCGAGAAAUGACUCGGACCUGUUGGCAGAACCUGACGCGAACUCGAGCGAUUUGUACCGCGAACCGGCGCUUCGGAAGUCGAUGCGCAUGAGCUUUGGACCACAGGAUCUUGGGGAUUAUGGCACGUGGCGUCAAGUGUGA